AAAGGGAGGAAAAAGAAAGGAAAAGCCAACAGCAGAGACUUCAACUCCAAGGCGGAAGAACGAAGACCUAGCAGCAGAGAAGAAAAAGAUUCCAUUUUUAUUUUCCUUUUCCAGUGCGAUUCUGAGGUUUAGGAUUUGUUCUUCUUUGUUCUUUGGCACAAGGUUUGAGGUUUAAAGAUGAGUGACAAUAUAAUGGAGAAAGUUAACGCCUUUGGUGAACGCUUGAAGAAUCAGAUUAGUGGUUCAGAAGUUGGGCGAAAGAUGACAGAAGGCAUGAGCUCCAUGAGUUUUAAGAUGAAGGAGUUUUUUCAAGGUCAGAACCAAGCCGAAAAGAUUGUUGAGGAGGCCACUGCUGAGACCUUGGAGGGGCCUGAUUGGGCUACUAACCUUGAGAUUUGUGACAUGAUCAACAGUGAAAAGAUUAACAGUGUCGAAUUGAUCCGUGGCAUCAAGAAACGAAUAAUGUUGAAGAAUGCCAGGAUCCAGUAUCUGGCAUUAGUUCUCCUUGAGACUUGUGUUAAAAACUGUGAAAAGGCUUUCUCUGAGGUUGCUUCUGAGAGAGUACUUGAUGAGAUGGUCAAAUUGAUAGAUGAUCCUCAAACUGUAGUGAAUAAUCGGAAUAAGGCUCUUGUCCUGAUUGAAGCGUGGGGAGAGUCAGGGAAUGAACUCCGUUACUUGCCAGUCUAUGAGGAGACAUACAAGAGCUUAAAAUCUAGGGGCAUACGCUUUCCUGGACGGGAUGAUGAGAGCUUGGCUCCAAUAUUUACUCCACCACGUUCAGUUUCAGAGACAGAAUCAUUUGCCAGCACAGGUAGGCAGGCUCAUCAUGAUGUUCCAGUUCAGAGUUUUUCUGCUGAGCAAACAAAGGAAGCAUUUGAUGUUGCUCGGAACAGCAUCGAACUUCUGUCAACUGUUCUAUCCUCUUCUCCCCAGCAAGAUGUAUUACAGGAUGACUUAACAACUACCCUAGUUCAGCAAUGCCAACAAUGUCAAUACACCAUCCAGAGACUCAUAGAAACUGGAGGAGACAACGAGGCUGUACUCUUCGAAGCACUGAACGUGAACGAUGAGCUUCAAAAAGUAAUUUCCAAGUAUGAAGAGUUAAAGAAACCUCCUGUUGUACAAUCGGAGCCAGAACCUGCCAUGAUUCCUGUAGCUGUGGAGCCUGAAGAUUCUCCUCGGUUUAGCAAAGAGGAUGCCCUCGUUAGAAAGCCGGCAGGUUCUCGUGCUAGAACAGGGGAAGAUGAUGACAUGAUGAAUGAUCUCGACGAGAUGAUCUUUGGUGAUAAAGGAGGGAGGUCGUCGGAGGAUCAGGAUCCAAGAAAGAAGCAACAGAAGGAUGACCUGAUCUCCUUCUGAGAUGCUAUACAUAGUGUUUACUGUCAUUCUAAUAUCAGCUCUACAAUUUCUUUAACUUUAAGUUAAAACUGGUGUUAAAUGAUUGGAACCAAAACAUGAACUUGUGUUCAUUUGUUUAUAAGAUACGAAUGCUUGUGGGCAACAACUAGACUUGGAUUGUUGAAGUUAGUAAUGGAUUUUAUAUAUUAUGUAUCAGGGCAGCAAUUCAUAAUAUAUUAUGCGUGCGCUAUGUGAUUG